AGACGCCAGUAAAGAUGGGCUGGUGCGUAGAGGAGGGUCACUUUCUUUAGGUUAUAUUAAUCCAUCGUUCCCCUGCUCCACUCAGAAGGACAGAGACUCAGGAUGGCCCGACCUCUGCAACUCUUCUUCGUGGUCUCCUCCUUAAAGGCCACCUCUCUGUGUGCUGUUCUGGUUCCCUUUAAUGUAACAGUCAAAGAGGGACAAAAUGCCAUCCUCCCAUGCUUCUUUCAACCUACCUGCAGCAAUAGAUCUAUGCUGUGGGUGAAAAAUGGGAAAAAUGUGGUGAAGCAGAAUUGCAGCACAGACGAAGGAAACAAGUCUGCUGAUGCCCAACUGUCUGUAUCAACUGACCGUAACUUUGGCUUAAACAUAACACGGGCUGAGAAGCAAGAUGAGGGAGAUUAUUUUUGUGAGAUCCAAUAUGAAGAGAAACGGUGGUGUGUAGCCAUUGUGAGGCUAAAGGUUAACAACACAAGGUCCGGAUCAUCCUCUUCAUCACCUGCGUUGUGUGUGAAAAACGGGAAGCAGAAUUCCACCACAGACGAAGGAAACACGUGUGCUGAUGGCCGAGUCUCUGUGUCCCCUGAACGACACCUUUGCCCAAACGUAACAUGGGCUAAGAAGCAAGACGAAGGAGAUUAUCUUUGUUACAUCCAGGGUGAAGGGAAACGGUGCGCAGCUGUUUUGAGGCUAACAGUCAACGGGACAUCCACUCCACCGCCUGCGUCGAAACCACAACAAACCUGAGCUGCUGUCAGCUUGACAGAGGAGGAUCUUUGGCUCCUCGACUUUGCGGACUGGAUGAUGAAAUCAGUGGUGCUGUGCAACAUCCACACCCGAUGGAUUCACACGGACCUUCCUCCUCCUCUUCAGCUCAUCAGUGGCUGCCACCCGUUACACAUUUCUCAUUUUCAGUGUCUAAAAACAUCCAGGUGUGAAGUUAGAAGUACCAGCUUUACUCUGAAUGUGCUUUGGGAUGUUAAGUGUGAAGCUUAGAAACAUUAAAGUUUUUCAGACUCAUUGUCACAAGAAAUGUGUUCUAACAGGACAGUCAUAUCUCGUUAUAUUCUGUCAUUUCUUCUUUGAUUUUUAGUUUAUCUUUAGUUUGCAUGACUUUUACAUUUUAUCCAUCUGCCUUUGUAUUUCUACUCAUUCUGUCUCUAAAUAAACUCUUUGGUUG